CAGUGGUGCCAGCCAGCUCUGACAGGCCCCUGGCAGCAUGGCAGUAAAGCUCGGGGCCGUCCUGCUGGUGUUUGGGCUCAGCCUGGUCUGGCCAGCUUCUGCCCACCGGAAGCUCCUGGUGUUUCUCCUGGACGGCUUUCGCUCAGACUACAUCAGUGAGGAGGUCCUGGCAUCCUUGCCUGGCUUCAGAGAGAUUGUGAGCAGGGGAGUCAAAGUGGAUUACUUGACUCCGGACUUCCCCAGCCUCUCCUAUCCCAAUUACUACACUCUAAUGACAGGCCGCCAUUGUGAGGUCCACCAGAUGACCGGGAACUACAUGUGGGAUCCCAGUACCAAUAAAUCCUUCGACAUCGGGGUCAACCGAGACAGCCUGAUGCCCCUCUGGUGGAAUGGGUCAGAACCCUUGUGGAUCACGCUGAUGAAGGCCAGGAGGAAGGUCUACAUGUACUACUGGCCAGGCUGUGAAGUUGAGAUUCUUGGUAUCAGACCAACUUACUGCCUAGAAUAUAAAAACGUCCCAACGGAUAUCAAUUUUGCCAAUGCAGUCAGUGACGCUCUUGACUCGUUAAAGAGUGGCCGAGCUGAUCUGGCAGCCAUAUACCAUGAGCGCAUUGAUGUGGAAGGCCACCACUAUGGACCCUCGUCACCUCAGCGAAAAGAUGCCCUCAAAGCUGUGGACACGGUGCUGAAGUAUAUGAUCCAGUGGAUCCAGGAACGAGGCCUGCAGAAUGACCUAAAUGUCAUCAUUUUCUCAGACCAUGGGAUGACAGACAUCUUCUGGAUGGAUAAAGUGAUUGAGCUGAGCAAGUACGUCAGCCUCGAUGACCUGCAGCAAGUGAAGGACCGAGGGCCCGUUGUGAGCCUGUGGCCAGCCCCUGGCAAACACUCUGAGAUAUACCACAAACUCAGUACAGUGGAACACAUGACCGUGUAUGAGAAAGAAGCAAUACCCAGCAGGUUCUAUUAUAAGAAAGGGAAAUUCGUCUCUCCUUUGACUUUGGUGGCUGAUGAAGGGUGGUUCAUAACAGAGAAUCGAGAGAUGCUUCCGUUCUGGGUGAACAGCAGUGGCAAGCGGGAAGGCUGGCAACGUGGAUGGCAUGGAUACGACAACGAGCUCAUGGACAUGAGAGGCAUCUUCCUGGCCUUCGGACCUGAUUUCAAGUCCAACUUCAGAGCUGCUCCGAUCAGAUCUGUGGACGUCUACAACAUUAUGUGCAAUGUAGCAGGCAUCACCCCACUGCCUAACAACGGGUCCUGGUCCAGGGUGGUGUGCAUGCUGAAGGGUCAGACCAGCUCGGCUCCAUCUGCUUCACUGAACCGCUGUGCCCUGGAUCCGAAAUGAACUGACAGCAGAUGAUUCACUAAGUGACGCUGCCUUGGGAAAAGACGGAACGUCAGAGCUCAGGAGGAGGAAGCCUUUGUCUGGUGCUCGCCUUGACAAAACAGCAAACCCGGGGGUUUGCUGAAGAUGGUGCAGAGCAAAAGAUCACCGCUGAAAACUGGUGCGUUUAGCCUCACAAAAGACUUCUAAGGAUUUAUGUAAUGUGUUUUUAAAGCUCCAACAAACCAUGGAAUCAAUUGGGAAGGAGGCGAAUCAGCCUUUGUUGUGUGGUUGAGAGCAAAUUAGUACUUUCAGAACACUGAUAGGAGCCGUGGAAACAGACAUCUAUUGUUCAAAGUUUUAUCUCUCCCCCCCAAACAAAGAAUGAUGUUUUGUUGAAUUCUAGGAAGCAGGGCUUGACUUCCUCUACAGAAGAAGGGCUUUCUGAGAGACAGUCAAGUGAUUAAAUUAAAAGUGAAUCAUUAAAAUCAAGAGGGGAUAAUAAGAUUGUACACAAUGUUGCAUUUUUCUUUCUUGGUCUGUUCUGUUCUUUCCUUCACUCAUCCUUAAAAACCCUUAAGUUAUAUAACCAAUUUUCAGAUCUCUGUCUGAUAAAGUAUAAUUUCUCAAUAAGUAAUGUUGAAUACACGGAUGAGAAUGAGAUACCAAAGGAAUCUUGAGGGCUGGAGAGAUGGCUCAGAGGUUAAGAGCAUUGCAUGCUCUUCCAAAGGUCCUGAGUUCAAUUCCCAGCAACCACAUGGUGGCUCAUAACCAUCUGGCCUGCAGGCAUACACACAGACAGAAUAUUGUAUACAUAAUAAAUAAAUAAAUAUUUAAAAAAAAACAAAGGAAUCUUGAGUAGAGGUCAAAUAACAAAAUUUAGGAAAAACAUUCUUUGCCCGAAACUAAUGCAUAUAUUCUGAUGACAUAAUUAGUUGGCUGAAAUUUGUUCUGCUUUAAAGUCUGAUUAUUUUCCCCACCCACUCCUAACCCUGCUUAGCCUCUGAGGUGCAAUGAGACACAGUGUGUUCAGGGCACUAUAGCUUAGACAUUCUAAAAGGAAUGUGUCUGUAAAAGUAAGAUGUCCUGGGAAUAUGAACAUCCAUCCAUCCUCCUGAAGUUUUCUGAGACUUGACUGCUGAUCCCAGGAGGGAGAUAACCGAGCAGACCUACCACAGCGAAAUGAGAGGGAUGGUCUUCAAAUUAGAGAUGAGACUAAGGGCUACUUUCUCUGCCCAUAUGCCUCAUCUCCAGAAUCCAAUUUAAUUAAGUUCUAAAGACCUAACUGUAAACUACCAUAGGUCCACAAGCCUAGAAGAGUCUUAAAUUAUAAAGGCCCAAUUCUCUUCACUUUUAAAAUGACUUUAGAAACUCAUAUUUGAUCUGCGUUC